CCUCCCGAAAGCCCCGAGGCCCUUUAAACCCUCUGUUGGUUCGACGCGAGUGAAAGAGAGAGAGAGGGAGUGAGAGAGUGAGAGAGAGUCAGCUUGCUUUGAAAGGACCCUCGAGGGUCGAAGGAACAGGCCGCCAUUUUCAUAAUUCGGGGGCCAUAUCCCCCCGUUUAUAAAAGAAGGUUAUGACAUCGCUGGCCCAGCAGUCGUAUUCCGGCAGCUUCGCGAGAGGGUCACCGGAAUUCGAGGGGGAGUUGUAUUCGUCUGUGCACCACUACCCCAGGGGUGAGAUGCCCCCCCGGCCCUGCCGCUACGACGAGGCCUCCCCGCGGGACAGCCCCGAUGACCAUCGGCACAGCGGCGGGGAGGACAGACCCACCUGUGACUACGCCGUGUCGCAUGGCAUGGCAGCAUCGGCUCUGCACCAGUACUCCUGCAUUUCAGGGGUCCACGGCGGCGGCGGCGGCGGCGGAGAAUACUGCGGCGGCGAGUACGGCGGGCCCUUCCCGCCGGGCAGCCCGUACAAGGUGCAGCGUGCGGCGGCCAACAUCCGGGAACGCAAGCGCAUGCUCAGCAUCAACAGCGCCUUCGACGAGUUGCGCUGCCAUGUGCCCACUUUCCCCUUCGAGAAGCGGCUGUCCAAGAUCGACACGCUGCGCCUGGCCAUCGCCUACAUCGCCCUGCUGAGGGAGAUCCUCGCCUCCGAGUACGACCCGCUCACGCACAUCGAAAAGUGCCUGCGCGGGGAGCUCAAGGGCGAGCACGCAGGGAUGUGGAACACCAGCGAUUUGACUGCUCGAUUAUCCUGGAUCAACUGGGAAAAUUUAGGAGUCAAUCCCAACCGCAGGAGUGUCCUCACCACUUUGUCUCUAACAACGGAUACCCUGGCAGCAUGUCAUAACGGAACUUAAAGGUCCUUUUUCAAAGAUUGCAUUUCCACCUCGCUGAACUUGCUUGCAAAUGCUUCGAAUGGCAGCAGAGCUAAAACAUGAUUUCUAGUCACCGAAUUUUUUGAUUUGUAACAAACACUAGUUUGUUGAAAAACGGAACAUGGUUUAAAGAGAGGUAUACACAGAAGUGCACGGAUAAUAGAGUCUAAAUGUUACAGAAUUUUUGCAAUGGUAUAUUCCACCGCAACCAAUGCAAGUCACAUUAAAAAAAAAAAAAAAAAGAUGGUGCAAUUGCAUUUUAACAAGUUAUAAUUGGCUGCCUUUUCAUAGUUUGUUCGUAAUGAAGAAUUUUCUACAUGUUUAUGAGACACUAUUACACCUUAAGACAUCGUUUCUUAACCUGUGAAAGAUGCAAUCGCUUGAAUAUUUAAAAAAAAAAGAAAGAAAGAAAAAGAAUGGGUGGAGGGAGUAGAAAUGGGAAGAAUGGGACAGUUGCAUUUAUAUGUCGAAAUCAAAUGUGAAAAGCCGUUUAUAGUUUGUUCAGUAGAUGUAGUAACAAGAGUCUAAAGCUGCUACAUCUAUUGAAUAGGCUAGGGGUGACACUUUUUUCACACCAGAGUCCACCGUACCAACCAUUGUUUGUGGCUUAAUCAGUUUAAAGGGACCCUGAAGACAGCUCUGAUUUUUUGAACCAGACCAGAAACCGAACAAUCCAUGGUCCAGCACCCUCAGAGGUAUCGUUUCACUGGGAGAGCCAGGGGUGAUAGUGGACUGAAGUAAAAUUUCCUGAAAGCAGCGUGAAAGUUUCAGAAACUAUGAGGAAGCUCAACCCCUCUACCCGCCCCGUAAAAACUCUCUAA